CUCAACUUUCAGUGAAGCCAAACACCAUGGACGAAGAAGAAAACACAGUCGACAUAGACUUCCCUCUCUUCAAACCAUUCAGACCCAAGACCCCAAAACCCUCCCAAACCCCUAACCCUAACCCUACUCCUACGCCAGACCCCUCCAGCACUGAGACCGAAAUCGAAAAAUCCACAAACCCUAACACUGACUCCGCCGCCACAUUCUCCGACCUCGGGCUCGCCGACUGGGUCCUGAGAACAUGUACCGAGCUCGGUAUGCGGAAGCCCACGGCGGUCCAGACCCACUGUAUCCCCAAAAUCCUGGCGGGACGGGACGUCCUGGGCCUUGCCCAGACCGGCAGUGGCAAAACGGCGGCGUUUGCGCUGCCGAUACUGCAGCGGCUCGCCGAGGACCCUUUCGGGGUUUUCGCGCUGGUGAUCACUCCGACUCGGGAGCUGGCGUACCAGCUGGCUGAGCAGUUCAGGGGUCUGGGGUCGUCUCUGCACUUGCGGUGCUCUGUGAUUGUGGGAGGCAUGGAUAUGUUGACCCAAGCUCAGAGCUUGAUGGCUAGACCGCAUGUGGUGAUUGCCACGCCGGGAAGGGUUAAGGUCUUGCUUCAGCAGAAUCCGGAUAUUCCUCUUGUGUUCUCCAACACCAAGUUCCUAGUUCUUGAUGAAGCAGAUAGAGUAUUGGAUGCUGGCUUUGAAGAGGAGUUGAGAGUGGUGUUUCAGUGCUUGCCAAAGAGUCGGCAAACUCUGUUAUUUUCUGCAACAAUGACGAGUGACCUCCAAACGCUGAUUGAACUUUCUAAAAAUAAGGCAUACUUCUACGAGGCAUAUGAAGGUUUCAAGACAGUUGACACUCUUAAGCAGGAAUAUGUUUUCAUAUCCCAAAAUGUGAAGGAUGUGUAUCUGGUAUACAUUUUGUCUAAACUUGAGGAUAUGGGUGUUCGCUCUGCCAUUAUUUUUGUCUCAACCUGCAGAAGUUGUCACCUUUUGAGUUUGUUAUUGGAGGAGCUUGAUCAAAGAGUUUCAGCAUUGCAUUCAUUCAAAGCUCAGUCUCUAAGACUUGCUGCAUUACAUCGAUUCAAAUCUGGACAGGUUCCUGUGUUGCUCGCAACUGAUGUUGCCAGUCGUGGUCUGGACAUUCCUACAGUUGACCUAGUAAUCAAUUACGACAUUCCGAGGUAUCCAAGGGAUUAUGUUCACCGCGUGGGGCGUACUGCAAGAGCAGGCAGAGGAGGAUUAGCUAUCAGCCUUGUUACUCAAAAUGAUGUAAAGCUCAUUCAUAAAAUAGAAGAUGUUGUUGGGAAACAAAUGGAGAAAUUUGAGUGCAAGGAGGAUGAGGUUCUUGCUGAUAUUACCAAGAUUUACAAGGCUAGGCGUGUUGCAGCGAUGAAGAUGGUGGAUGAUGGGUUUGAAGAGAAAGAAAAAGAACGGAAAAAACAAAAACUAAAUACCCUAGCAGAGAAAGGUUUAUUGAAGAAAAGGAGUAGGAAGAGGAGAAGAGAAAAAUCUGCUAAAUAAGUGGCUCCACCUUUCAUCCUCUACGCUCUCUUCAUAUGGAUUAUAGAGCUUUCCUGGUUCAAAUCUACAACAAGAUCUUUGGCCAUGCAACAUGAAAAUGCCAAUUGUAUCAUUUUUUGUAGUUUAGGCGUUUAAUACAAGCAUAGAAUAUCUAUUUUUCAUCUUA